AUGACGGGAAAUGUCAGGACAUUGAGUACCGUGGCCGCGGACGCGCCGGACCUGUACCGUCCUUUGGACUCCUCAGUCCCUGAGAUACGGCUUUUCGCCCUAGAGCCCGCACAGUCGGACGAGGGGGCAAUCAUAGGCCAUCUACAAACUGUCCCCCUCGGCUCUGCCCCAGCGUACGAAGCCUUGUCCUACAUGUGGGGGAAGCCAGUCUAUUCCGAACCCAUCACCAUCGCGGGACACACCGUCCUCGUAACCCCAAACCUUGCAGUGGCUCUUCGAGGUCUGCGGUUCCAGGAUAGACAGCGUGUCCUCUGGAUCGAUGCCCUCUGCAUCAAUCAAAAAUCGCUCCAUGAACGUGCCCAACAGAUAUCGCUCAUGAAAGAAAUCUACUCGCACUGCGUCCGUGACCUGCUGUGGCUCGGGCCUCUUUCUAAAUCUGAGACGCAGUCUUAUAUGGCCUCGGAGGAACUCAUGGGUCAAGGCUUUGAGUUGAUACAACACCUCGUCGACCGGGACAUGACGGUGCUGGAUCCCAUGGUGAAAGAGUGGAAGGAUCAUAAACAACUACAGCGUGAAUUUUACCGCUCCAUCGAGAACGAUCUAGACAAUCAGUUCUCAGGGGAUCAAACUACAGAGGGGAAGGAGGAGCAACCCGGGUCACAGGAAACUCACGGCGAGUCACGAGACAAGGACAAGGACGCCAAGAGGCAAGCAGAGGAAGAACAACGUGGAGACGAGGCAGGGAACAAGGCAACUAGAACGGGCAGUGAGGUCCAGGAUUACAUGUUAUCUUCAGAUGAGCAGUGGGCUUUGGAAAGCGCCUUCGACUACCCGGAUGUGCUGCAGCGCUUGUGGGUUAUGCAGGAGCUCUCUCUUGCCCCCAAGGUGCAGCUCGUUGCUGGUCGCCACACGCUCGACUGGGACGUCGUCUCCGAUUUCUUGGGCGACACGCCGUAUGCCGAUGCCUUUCACGGCACGUUUUCUCACGGCAGCGUCGCCCAGAUUUCGUACUACAUGUUUGAGAAAGUCCAGAUCAUCGAUCAUCAAAGACGCAUCUCGAGGCAGGCGGAUCAGGGAGGCGAGUCAAAGCUCCUCGACGUUUUGGCGCGUUUCAGACACACCCAUUGCCUAGACCCUCGCGACAAGAUAUUCGGCCUGCUGGGCCUUGUGACUGACCACAAAGACAUCAAAGUCGACUAUGAGAAGCCUCCAGCGCAAGUGUAUGCCGAGGUCACAGCCUCUCUCAUCAACCAUUCAGGCAACCUAGACGUCAUCUGCCAAAGCCCCUGGAGUUCAAGUCGAGAUUACCGUCGCCCGGCAGAAGGCUCCUUGGGCAACCUGCCUUCUUGGGCGAUCAACUUCUUAGCGGAUGGAGAUAUCGAGCUCUUUGCACAACGAUCCAUCUUCAAUGCUGGGAAACCAAGCUGCGAAGUCCCUUGUCGAAGGGUUGAUGAGGAUGUCCUAGUUGCCAAUGGAGUCAUCGUGGGCCAGGUUGGGCCGAUACUGCAGCACGACUACCCCCAUGAUGGCAAGGACUCUGCUCUUCACCGGAGAUAUGACAGUUCCGCGCACAUCCCCCUUGACUGGAUGCGUCUUUAUCUGAACCACCAGGUUCUAGAUAGAGGAUCAACAGACCAGUGCAUUACGGGCGAGUCCUCCUUCACAGCCUUUUGGCGCACGUUGACAGUCGACUGCGCCGCGUGGCCAACGAUGGCGCGACUGACGUCUCAACAAAUAGAGGAUCAAGAUAUGGCUCUGCGCGAAAAUUGGUCACAAUUCCUUGAUGGCGUGACAGAUGAAGGGACGAACAAGUCCAAUUUGGACAGAGAAUAUUUCUCCACUCCUGACAACAAGCUCAUGUGGGACAGGCUGUAUACACAAUGGUCCUUUUCCACGACAACGAAUGGUCUAUUCAUUAUGAUUAUACCGCCAACAAGAGAAGGGGACGUCAUUGCAUGCCUAGACGGCGCCAAGCUCCCUGUAGUUCUGCGUCCCGUCCAGCGCGAUGGCCUUCAGACAUUUCAGAUUGUCACCGUUGCGUAUGUGCAUGGUAUCAUGGACAUGGAGGCAACAGAGUCUCCAGAGCUCCGCGCGAAGCUCGGCCUGCAAGACCAGGAGUUUUGGAUAGUCUAA